AUGUCAUCGGGCCACGAAGCUACGACCGUUAAAUUACCGGAUACGAACCAAGGAAGAAGAGUGAGUGAAAUUGCUUGUGAUGAUAUAGCAAAACUUCGUCUUAAUGAAGCACCACGAGCAACACUGCUGGCACCAGGUGAAAAAUCGUACGUUGUUGUUACUAAUUCAUCAUCAUAUGCCGCUCGUUUUGAUAUGAUUCGUGCCAUUGUUGGUAGUCAAGUGCUACCAUCAAUUAUCUAUUCCCCAUAA